AUGUCCGCGAAGGAGUUUCUGUAUUGUGCAAACAUUCCAAUUCUUCGAUUCCCCAAGGUGACUUCUCCGAUGAAGGCAAGCACAUCGAAAAGCAAAGAGCAGACAGACAUUGGCAAUGAGGAGACAAUGCGGACAGUCUCUCAUCAUCUUGACAAUCUCCUGUUUCCUGUGCUGGCCGGAGAGGACAUGGUAGUUUGUGGCUCUGAGCAGAGGAAGAAUACUGUCAUCGAUUUCGUCGACAAAAUCAACUUUCUGAAGCCGAAAGCUCAUCCGAAUCAUAAAGUAGUACUAUGGACGAAAGAUCAGGAAGUGUAA